AUGGCUAAAAAGGGCCCUCAAAUUAAUCAUCUCAGUUUUGCAGAUGACAUCAUCAUAUUCUCAUCUGGAAGAUCUCAUACCUUGAAACUUAUCAUGGAGACACUACAUACCUAUGAGCAUGCUUCAGGCCAAUUGAUCAACAGAGAAAAGAGUAACUUCAUGGUACCCUCAAAUGCCAUCAACUCUACUGUUAGAAGAAUCAAGAAAGUGACAGGCUUCAAGCAAAAGAACAGCCCUAUCACAUAUCUGGGGUGUCCUCUUUACAUUGGUAGACAGAGGAUCAUCUAUUAUUCUGAGCUUAUAGCUAAAGUUGUGGCUAGGAUAGCUGGAUGGCAGGAAAAAUUAAUUAGUUAUGGAGGAAGAGUUACUUUGAUUAAGCAUGUCAUCCAAGCACUUCCUAUUCACUUGUUAUCUGCUAGUUCCCCUCCUGCAACCACUAUCAAGCAAAUUCAAAGCAUCACAGCCAAUUUCUUCUAG